AGAAGUUCAAGCAAUGGUCAAAAUCAUUUUCCUGCAAAUUGUACUGUAUAUGGUCGCCUGCAAUGUCCUUUGCCUCCACGCCAGCGGCCAUUCCAGUGAAACAUGGCCACAGAAGAACAGUGAGUCUGGAGAAAUGGGAUCCAAAUGGGUAAGACACGAAUUAUUUGUCACUACUAUUUAAUUGAGACUUUUUUUCUAGGUUUUUUUUUUGGGACUUUUUUUUAGGUUUCUAACUGUUAUGAUUUUAAGUCAGUGUAUGAAGGUCUCAAUAGAGUCACGACUUUUUCGGCGAUCGGUUAAAAAUUUGGCCAUUAAGCGGCUAACGGUAAACGCCAGAAUUGUUUUUUCGGUUAACUUUCUUUAUGACUAACAGUCAAAAUUUGUCAUUUGUUACGCCUAACGGUUAAAUAUUUUGGCCGGUUUACGGCUAACGGUUAACCCAUUGAGAGCCUCUAGAAUAUGUCCUCAGUUUCCGUUCAAUCGAGUUCCUCUUGCCUUCAAGUUUCCAAAAAUAAUUAAAUCAUUUCCAGCAUGUAAAUAAGUGUAGUGUACACAUGCAUAGUAAGUAUACAGCAGAGCGAAUGUUGUAAUAAAACGACAUUAAAAAAGACUUUUUCGAGGCGUUUAAAAGAAUUGAUUGAAACUAGUAAAACAUUAAUAUAGUAAAUAGAACACUGAUAACUGUGAGUGCAAAUAAGUGAGGCCUCGGAAACUGAUACGUAUAUGAGCUGAUAACCGAGAUAAGUGUCUAGUGGAAGCGAAGGGGAAGGGGUUAUUUUCUUCUUUCGAAACUUUUACUGAUAAAUAAGUCAGCAAGGUAAAUAUUUGAUUUUGUGAUCUUUUGUUUGUUAUAGAUACAAGCGACGCAAUCUAACAGCAAAGAUUUUCAAAGCAUUUCUGAAAUAGAGCAUGCGCUAAACGAUCUGCACUCAAAGUCAGCUGGUUUUCCCGAGUUCCAAAAAAAACUUGAUGAGGUAAAGGCCUCGGUGGAAGGACAGAAAGGCAAAAACAAAGACAGUUGCAAAGGCAAAUCGGAUAAAAUAUCCUAUAAAGAAGUGAAAAAAGUUAUUACAACCACUAUAUCUAGCGUUGAAAAAUUUAAAAGUAAAGAUCCUCUGAAAAUUUUAAAUGGUGUUCUUGACAUUGUUGCAAGCCUUUUAAACCUGGUUGCCCCUGGUAAACCUUACGGCUCUAUUUUUCGGGAACUUUCGGGAGCCAUUGGCGUGUUGAUAACAGAAAGCAAACCAAAUCAGCCAAGUGGUACAGCAACUAACAAAUGUUGUGCACGAUGAGAUGAUUCACUUUAACAAAAGGUUACAUGAUCAGAAAUAUAAUGGGCUUAAACGUCGCGUGUCAGAACAAAUUUUUCAGUUGCAGAGAAUGAGAGAAGGAGAGAAAUUAGAUGAUCCUUCUCUGUGGAAUGAUUACGCGCAAUUUUUGGGUGAGCUUACGAGCAGAUUUGAGUCACCACUUUCUUUCAAGUAUAAACAAUACCUGACAGAGGAUCCCGAUGUGAAAGAUUUCGUAGCAGCUUUAGUUAAGUACUCUGAAGCUCACUCUUGCUUCAUGGCUCUUCUGUUCGUUGCCAAAGCAAAAUAUUUAGAAUUAGGAACCGCGCACGAAGACGACGUAGCCACUUUGGACCGUAAAAUGACUUUCCAAAUUAAAGAAGCCAAAGAGAAACUCUCUUUCCUGUCAGAAAAGAGAUUUUUGACAUUUCUCGGAAACAUCGAGGGCGGAAAACUCACCAAAAUUGUGGUUUUAAGCCGAAUAACUCGUGAUAGAGAUCUGGUAGAAAUUGUUCGACAAAGCUUAGGUUUGUCACCAAUGCCGGAUUUUUUAACAGUCGAGUCUUCUGCAAAGAAAGUUAAGAAACAGGCAGUGACUUUGAGGUCAGUAGAGAUCUGCAAUUGGUUUCCUUACCAGUUCUUUGGCACCAACUAUUCCAUUCAGUUUAUCAAUGAAGCUGACCUUCCAAUGAAGAUUGUUUCGGGUGAAGUCGGCUGGAGUCAAGGGAACCAACUUAAGUUUGAGAAAAUCCUUCCACCUCUCUCAUCGUAUAGUCAGGAGACUAAUUUCGGCUUCUCCACCGGUGGGUACAUAAUUCUGUAUUUAAAAGGCGAUAUGUUGAGCUCCGAUUUCAAGAAUACCAGAGUUAUCGAAUUUGCCGUGUCAAAGCCUUUUUACGAAGCUAAAAUAGGCAUGCAAGACAAAACUGACGCGGAGUUUUUGCACGGUCUGAAUGCCUACAACGAGAGGUCUGAAGACCCUGUACUUUUGUACUUUUCUGAAAAUGGAAAAUAUUACAUUGCCAAAGCUGAGAUUUUUGUUUGUUGGCCCAAUCGCAUUUUUCGAUUCAUCAUUCAAGACUUUGACCCAGAAGCUGUUGGAGUUGGAGAACAUUAGGAUAGACACUCUCGUCCAUUGACUUAGUUCCCAGGGUGGGAGGGUUGGAAAUAAGAGACCCUG